AUGGCGUAUUCCGCAGACAUCCCCGGCCUCAGAUAUGCCAGCCACCAGUACGGCCAGCACAACCUCCAGCGCGUCGGCGUCUGGCAGCACAAUGACGCGCCAGAAGCGGCAGAUUCAACGCCAUCAUAUUGGAUCAUCUUCGUCCACGGCGGCGGGUGGCGCGACCCCAGAAACACCCUCCAUGACUUUGUGCCGUCCAUCAAGCACAUGCUCGCCCAGCCCGAUCUGCCCCGGUCUGCGGUUCGCGGCUUCGCCAGCGUCGACUACCGGCUGUCGCCGCACCCGCAGUUCCCCCAGGAUCCCGCCUCGACGCCGGCGAAUGAGCUGCGCCAGGCCCUGCACCCGCAACAUGUCCAGGACGUCCUGGCCGCGCUGAGGCUGCUUGAUGCCGAGUACGGCAUUGGUGGCAACUACGUGUUGAUAGGCCACUCGGUUGGCGGGACGCUGGUCCAUCAGGUCAUCAUGAACAACGACGCCUCGCGUGCUUGGGGCCCGGCCGCGCCAUUGCCAGCAGCCCUCGUCAGCAUAUCCGGGAUACACGACCUGAGAGGCCUCGCCGAGAGGCACGGCGGAGUAUACGAGACUUUCAUCGCCGACGCCUUUGGUCCGGACAGGCAGGUUUGGGACGCAGCAUCGCCGGCAAAGUUUGCUGGGAACUUCAAGAGCCUGUGGCCGAACGAGCCUCGCCUGGUCAUCUUGGCAUCUUCCGCAGAGGAUACCCUCAUCGACGUAGCGGAGCUGGAUAUCAUGGAGGCCAAGCUUGUCAAGGACGGCAUCACGCCGAUAGCCAUCAGGGACCUCCGGCUUGAGCACGACAGCAUCUGGGAGGACGGCACGCAGGUUGCGGCUCUUGCAGCAAAGGCCGUCGCAAAGCUGCGGCAACAGUGA